AGAGAAGCCCGAGGAGAAACGACAAUAGCAACCAGAGUGUCAACAACUCGCUGCGCCAUAAGACAAUUGCGUUGCAGGUUGUAUCAUUGCUUUAUUGCUUUCUAGAAAUCCCACCUCGAGCCUCUUUGACGUCUGCUUCCAGUCAGCAACAGACAAAGAAUCUCGGGGAGACUUCGAAUAACGCAGUCGCGUGCACUGUCGACACAGAGCUCCAAUAUCCCCCUCACCAGACACCAUGAAUCCCGAGCCCACAACUCCCGUCCGGGUCCCCAAGGCUGCCUCUACAUACACCCCGACUACGCAAGAUCCCGAUCUGCGCUCACAAAUAAACACCAUUCUGCUGCGGGAUGGGCAUGUCUCAAAGAUCCAAGACACCCUCCUUCACGCCCUCAAUGCUUCCCCCACAAACUGGCCCACGUUGAUCCAGGAUCAUGCGCUUGCCCUCCUGCGGUCCGGCGAUUGCACGACCUUCCCUGCUCUCAUGACUCGGGUGCUGGAUGACAUACGAGAGGAUACGGCUGCGGCGAGAAGCCAGGAGGCUCAGGGUAAUGGGACCGCUGCUGCUGGGAAAACUAACGGGAAGGAGGCUGCAGGGACGGCCGGUGGGAAGGGAGAAGGAGGCCAGAGUUUGGCGUUGCCCAAGAAUGUAGUUGAGGAGGGCUUGAGGAUUACAAGGGAGUGUUUGGAGUUGGUUAUUGAGGUGGAAUAAUGGUUCAUAAGGAUGGCUUGAAACGAAUAAGGGCCGGUGUUUGACGAAGAAGACGAGAGCACCGCGGCUGUACUUGGGUGCAUUGAUGGUUUUAAACAGGAGCGGGAUCAUGGGAUCAUGGGAUGAAGGAAGCGGGAUCAUGCCCGCCUUCAUGAAUUGGAUUGGAUACAUUUCACAAGGAACAGCAGCAUCCGUUAAGAUUUGGGUUCGUUAUUGUUGUAGUUGCUGGAUCACUGCAUUGCAAAGGAGUAAUGAGAUCAGGUUUUAUUGAACAAUCUAUUGAGGCACGAUAAUGACCAAUUAAGACCAGGUGGGAG